UUUUGUAGCUUGGUAACUUCCGCGCUCGUCAAUUCGCUACACGCUGCGUCUCCAUGGCGUUCGGUCAAGAGCAGAGCGAAGGGGGGGUUUGCGACGGACGACGAGGUCGCCAGUACGGAGCCCCGUGGCCGUCUACGAUACGGCGCCUAGUGUGCGUCGCACGCCUGGCCGCCAGGGGGCAGCCGCUCCUCGCGUCACCGCCACGGAGGCUGCGGGCCGCUCUCUUUCUUUGUGCGCGUGGCGGCAGGCGCGCGUGCCGCGCUCGCGCAUUUCGGCGAAGGAAUGGAAGCCGAAUGACAGCGAGCCCAUGAGGGGAAGCGCUGCGAAGCCGAGCCGCCGCUGUGCCUCGCGUUCAGCUGCUCGUUCGGGGGGAGACCGAGACCGAGACCGAGGACGGAGGAGAAGAAGAAGGACGACACAUUGUGUCACACAAGAAAGAAGAAGAAGUGACAAGCCAAGGUCAGCGGAGGGCGGCGUGGACCAGCAGCAGCAGGAGGAGGAUCAUCAUGGAGAGGCUCCCUGUGCUGCUCCUGCUCCUGUGGCUCUGCUCCGCCUUCUUCGUGGGGAUCCACCUGUUCGUGGGCGGCUUCCUGCUCGUUCGCCUCGAGGUCAACAAGAGCAGCUCCUGCGCCGACGCUCUGCUUCCGGGCGCCGCGCGACCAGACUUCUGCGAGGGCGGGGCGCGCUUCCGGAGGGCGGUGCUGCUCGUCGUCGACGCCCUCAGGCUGGACUUCGCGCGCUUUCGCGGCGGGAACCCGCGGCCCUUCGAGAACAAGCUGCCGGUGCUGCGGGAAGUGACGUCGUCGCAGCCGGAGCACGCGCGCCUCUUCGCGUUCCGCGCGGACCCUCCCACCACGACGAUGCAGCGCAUCAAGGGCUUCACCACGGGCUCCCUGCCCACCUUCGUGGACGUGGGCAACAACUUUGCGUCGAGUGCCGUGCUCGAGGACAACCUGGUGCGGCAGCUGGCGCGGGCAGGAAAGCGUGUGGUCUUCAUGGGCGACGACACGUGGGAGAGCCUGUUCCCCAACCAGUUCUACCGCUCUCUGCCCUUCCCCUCCUUCAAUGUCAAAGACCUGCACACGGUGGAUGACGGCAUCCUGAAGCACCUUUACGGCACCAUGGAAGGUGCCGACUGGGACGUGCUCAUCGCCCACUUCCUGGGGGUAGACCACUGCGGGCAUCGCUUUGGCCCCGAUCACCCAGCCAUGGCGGACAAGCUCACCCAGAUGGACCAAGUCAUAAGGUCUGUGAUCAGGCGCCUGCAGAACGACACGCUGCUCGUGGUGAUGGGCGACCACGGCAUGACGGACACUGGCGACCACGGGGGCGAGAGCCUCAAGGAGACAGAUGCCGCACUGUUUCUCUACAGCCCCAGCCCCGUGUUUCCCGCUGCUCUGUCCCAGGCGGAGCCAGAGGUGGUGCCUCAGACAGACCUGGUGCCCACGCUGGCGCUGCUGCUCGGCGUUCCCAUCCCGUACAGCAGCAUCGGACAGGUGAUCCUGCCCCUCUUCCACCAGGAGAGCCGAACGGCAGGAGCGCGGAGCCACCUCAGCCAGCUAGAGGCGCUGUGGAUCAACGCCAAGCAGGUGAACCGCUUCUUGGAGACCUACUCCUACGUGGCGAGAGACAUCCCCCGCGAAAGCCUGUCCAUGCUGCAGGACAAGUUCGCCUCGCUCUGGAAUGAGUACAGCAGCACAGUAAAAGAAGGACGGACCGCUUCCCCGGCGCUGGUCGCUGCCUUGCAGAGCUACCUAACUGCUGUCAGGGAGGUGUGCCAGGCCACAUGGGCCAAGUUCCACCCUCUCAAGAUGGCCAGCGGUAUAGUCAUUCUGGCCACUGCCUGCACGCUGUGCUUCGCUGUGUCUGAGGCGUUGGCAGGGGCCGGGGACACCGUUGCGCUGAGGGCCUCGCUGGCGAUGGGGGCCUUUGCAGGGGCCGGUGUGGCAGUGGGCCAGCUGGGAUCUCUGGGUUACGUGGAUGCAGCCUGGUGCCUUGGUGCAGCCAUCCUCUCCUCGCAGCUCGCGUUCCUCUGGGGGCUGCGCCGUGGCGAAGGAAGGGCUUUCGCAAGGGGCGGUGACCCUCGUCGCACCUCUGGGGGGAGCCUGUCUCCUCCCGUGUUCUCCGUGCCUCUGCUAGUGCUCGCGCUGCGCUGCGCCUCGCUCCUCUCCGACAGCUACGUGAUUGCCGAGGGGCGGGUGGCCACCUUCCUGCUCCUCUCGCUGGGCCUCUACAUCCCCCUUCGCCUCAACUGGGAGGGACUCCUCCUGCCUACGAGCCCAGACUGCCAGAAGGCUCCGGGCCUCCUGCCGUCGCCGCCUCUGUCCUCCUCUGCCGUGCGCAGGGAGAGCCUCGUCCUGCUCGCCGGCCUCGGGGUCCUAGUGGCUUCGCUCUACCUCUCACUCUUCUUGCACAACUGCCGUGAGGAACAGGGUGGCUGCAACCCCUCGCCACUCCUCGUGCCGCUGGCGCGCGUGCAGGACAGCGGCCUGCGCAACCUGCGCUACGUUCUCUCCGUGGCCUCCCUGGCUGCCUGCACCUAUGCUUUGCGUUGCUGGCUGCGCCACUACGGCAACCUGAAUGGCCCGGGAGCGGCUGUGUUCGCGGCCCGCUGGCCCCUGCCCCUGGCCUCCCUCUGCACGGGCCUCUACUGGGCCGUGAGCUCCACCCCCGAGCGGAGUUUCCGCGGGUUUGCCGAGCUCAUCGCGCUGGCGCUCGUGGUCCUGCCCCGAGUGGCCUUCGCCUUCCUGGCGCUCGGUGCCACCCUGCUUUGGAUGAACCCGCUGACCGUCUUCCUGAAACCGAGACAGGCGCCCAGCCAAGGCAAGGGUCCGGCGCCCCUCCCCCGCUACCGGGCCAGCACGGCGCUGAGUCCCGAAGCCGAGCUGCAUCACCUCAUCCCCCAGCUGUACCAGCGCAUGCGCCGCUCUCUGGAGGACGGGGAGUCGUCGGGGGGCCCCGAAGGUGACGGCCGGCCCGCUGUGGAGGCCUACGGCCUGGGCACGGUCUACUCCGCCCCCGUGGUGCUGCUGAGCGGCCUACUGGGACUGGGCCUGCUUCUGCUGCACUCCGAGGGCAUGGCGCUGGCCUUCCUGCUGCUGCUGCUAGAGGGCACCGCGCUGCUGCACCUCCAUGCCUCCUCCAUGACACUCGCGUCCCUGCAGGGAGCGCACAAGGGGGACUUCAGCGUGCCCUGGCUCUCUGUGCUCCUCUGGGACCUGGCUGCCACACAGUUCUUUCAUGCCACGGGACACCUGCCCACCUUCCCAUCUAUCCAGUGGGGGGCAGCGUUCGUGGGCUUCCCCCAGGGGCAUGUGGGCACCCUGCUGCCUGGGUCCCUGGUCGCCCUCAACACCUUCUCCUCGCACAUCCUCUUUGCAGUGGGAUGUCCGCUCCUGCUGUUCUGGCCGCUGGUGUGUGAGGUUCAAGCACCACGACGGGGCUUCGGCGGCUCUGAGCGCAACGCAGUCAUGGAGAUGAGGCUGAGGGAGAGGCCCCGCGAGUUCUCGACCGCCCUUCUGCAGCUCGCUGCCCGCUGCCUCUGCGUCAAGGGGGCCCAGGUCCUGGCAUCUGCCCUGGCUGCUGCCAUACUGAGGAGGCACCUAAUGGUGUGGAAGGUCUUUGCUCCCAAGCUCAUGUUUGAAGCCGCAGGGUUUGUGCUGGCCACCGUGUUCACCCUCGUGGGCUUCGCACUGGUUUUGAGAGUAGACUUUGCAGUAAGUGGUUGGUUCAAGAGGCUCAUUCCUGAGCAGUGCAGGUAACCCUCUUCCCACAGUGCACUGCUGCUGCUGCAGCGCUCUGCACAUCCGCAUGCAGGACCAAGGGACCAAACGGAGUGACUUCAGGGCAGAGCCAGUGAAGCGUGUCCUGAAUGGGGGGGACAGGACGGUACCUGAUGCUCGCUUUAAUGGGAGGAGUGCAGCUGGGAGUUGGGGGAGGGGAGAGGAACACCUGGGUGCUGAAAAGGGCUUCAAGCAGAUGCUAAAAAACAUGGGUAUUAUGGGAGACGUUCCACGUAAGAUGAUGGAGACUGACGGCAGCUCGAUGGAGGAUAAGUUCUCCUCCAGAGAGCUCAGUGCACAGCCGGGCUCUGACUGUCGGCGUGUCGCAUUUGUACCGCUUUGCCUCGACACCUUUAAUUUAAGGCCAAAGAGUGUGGUCUCAGUGCUUCACGGCGCUCUCAGUGCUUUGGCGAGGCCAAGCGACAGAUGGACACGAAUACUGUGAGAACUACGAACUGUUCCAACUAAGCAACAAAUGACCUCUCGUGUUCUUCUUAAGUUUUCUGGUGAUUGGUUUUUAAGAAUCACUUAAUAUAUUGUGCAUGUGUAAGGGUCGUGUGCCGUAGCAUCUCUGAGCACAUUUUUAGCAAUAACCAUUUCAGGAGUGGGUCACAAACUGAUGUUGCUUGGACCUAAGGCAUGAUACGCAUGUGAAGAAAACAUGGCUUAAGUAUGCACAAUACCAGAACAUUACAUUUGCUGUACUUAAUUUGAGAUUUCAUAGAAAUUUGGAUAAAGGAUUGAUUCACAUGGGUUUUUUCUGUUGUGAAAAAUGAGAAAAAUCAAGGUAAAAUUUUCUGGGUUUUCUUCUGUGUGGUAGGCAUAGGUUAGGGGAAAUUUAUUUUAUUUUUCUUUUUAAUCAGCAAGCAGUUUUUUUUUUCCCCCUCUCUUGGGAUAAAUGUCAUAGACAAAUGCAUGAAGACGGCAAAGCAAGUCCCGAAUUUUGCUGUGAGGACUAGAAUAUCUACUGUGCAAUAGAAACACCAGGCUUAUUUUGUACUGUAAUCCGUUUUGCAUUUCCUCUGGACAUGUAGUGUAAGAGAUGCUUAUAGACAAAUGCCAUGCAGAAUAAAGUCCACCGGUGUCUGAUCUCAUCCUUGGUCACAGGUCUACAAGCAAGUUGGUGGCAGUAGGGGAAUAUAGGCCAUAAACUAAACAUGACUAGAAUUACUCAAAUUUCACCAAAAGGUGUAGAUUUUUAUAAUACUAUUUUUCCAAUGUGGUUAAUUAUGAAUCUUACUAAUCAGAUGUUAAUCUAAAUAAAAGUUUUACUUAAACUGUUGCCCUGUUCUCAUUUUCAAAAAGUGAUCAUGUACACAUUGACAUUUCUGAGGUCACACGGAAGCUGAGAAGAUGCUGCUCAAAUACAGUUGGCAGAUCUAAUACCUGUCAUUCAGUUGCUAUGCCAUUUUCACCAGGCUGCUUUCUGUCAUCAGCUGUGUGCUCCAGUUACAGCCAGUCCUCCUCAUUGUUUGGGAGUGUUUUACCGCGUCAAAAUGAUUGCGCUGCACAGUGAUCGCAAACAGCCCUUUUCACCUCAUCCCAAAGAUGCUCAAUGUGGUUGAGAUCUGGGGACUGCGCAGGCCACUGAAGCAGCGAAAAUUUGCUGUCGCGUUGCCAGAACGUCACGAAGGGAUGAAAUACUUGGUCAGCAGAGAUGCUGAGAUCCACCUUGCAGUUCAGAUGUCUGUAUGGGCCCUAGGAAAACAUUCCCCCACACUAUUACAUUUCCGCCACCAUCACCCUGGACUGCUGGCACCAAAGAGGAUGGCUCCAUGGAGUCAUGUUGCUUGCACCAAAUUCUGAUCCUUCCGUCAGCAAGAAGAAGAAAAGUGGACCUGGCUUCAUCCGAACAAGAGAUGCAACUCCUCAGAUUUCCUUGAAUCUUGAAAAUAUUAAAAGCUCUGAGUGUUGUAAACAUCAGGCCCUAAAUGUGAGAAUACAGUAGAGCAUUGUGAGGAUCUGUGAAACCCCUGUUACUAAUGGAUGGAGGCCAAACUGACAUUUCUUCACUUUACUGUAGCUCCCAGUGGAGCCACCGCUUGGACAAGGACUUCAAAGCAGCUUCUCGCUGUGAGCGCGCGGCGCAGCGGAACAGCUCUGAGGACACCUGGUGGGGCUUCGGGGUACUGCAGCGCUCCCACACUUUCAUUUAUUACAACAAGCUUAGACAUUUUUUCCUCUUCAUACAGCUGGGUAAUUUACUGGAGCAAUUUAGGGUUAUCUCUUUGUUCAAGGGACCUAGAGUCGGAGGUGGAACUCGAACCUGUGACUUUGGCUCCAACCAAGCAGCAGCAGCAGUAGUACCCCCCCCCCGGGCCGGCCAGUGGCAGUCCGGGAAGAGGUCGGACGCGGACAACGAAUAUUCAGAAUAAAACUUCGUUUUUCACUCAGACAGAGUGAGGAGGGAUCUCAACCGACUUCCUCCUCCUCCUCUUCCUCCUCCUUCUUCCCGCCCGAGCCGAGGGAGGGAACCCGCCGCGCG